CUGUUUCGAAAACGGGUUCAGCAUCCGAAUCCGCUUUGAAAGGGGGAAGAGGAUUUCUAGGGCAUCGGAGAGAGAACGAAGCGAGAGAAUGGCGAUGGCGAUCCGAUCGGGCAUCAAGCUGUUGAUUUCCUCCGAAGCGGCGAUCUCCAAAUCUGUUUCAAGAGGUUUCCAUUCUACGGGAGUGAAGAGAAUGGGCGGCCAUGGACAUGACGAACCAUACUACCUCCACGCGAAGCACAUGUACAACCUCGACCGAAUGAAGCAUCAGAAGCUGAAAAUGAGCCUCUCCGUGCUCACCGCCUUCAGCAUUGGCGUCGGUGUUCCAGUUUACGCUGUCAUAUUCCAACAGAAGAAGACAGCUUCAGCAUAACAUUUCUUCAUCAUUCUGCACAUGCAUGCCAAGAACAAUAAUAAGUAUCCGACUUUGUUUGCUUUGUACUAUUUCCGGAUCCUACAAACACUUGUUUUUGUCCCCUCAAAUUUAUGCUUUUGACUUCCUUUCCAUUGUUGGUGUUAUUUCAAUGGAUUCUCAUUUGAUAGUUCUGUUUAAGGUGAAGAAUUUUCUCAUAUAAAAUAUAUUUUCUACA